AAUACAAAUGUAUUUAGGUGUUUGUAAUAAAUAAUAAUAAACUCAAGAUAUACUUAAGCAUAGUGUUAUACAUUCAUAACAUUAACUCGUGUGAGAUUCUGUCAAUUAUUGUUAGUUACCUAAGUAGUAUUUUUCUAAAAGUGAUUUGGACGGAAAGCUUUCCCAUGCCCGUGAUAUUUGUAAUAAUUUGCUUUAUUUUAAGACAAAUAACAGCUGUUCCUAUAUAAAGCUAUUUAAAUUAUAAAUUGUUAUUACUUAAAUGUUUAAUUUAAAAAAAAAUUAAGUUACAUUUCAAAUCGAAAUAUAGUUAACUAGUGUAUUACAAAAUUUAUUAAAAAUUAACACUCGAACCAUUUAUAGUAAAUCAAUUUAAAUAAUUAGCAUACAGUUUUAUAGCGUGCGGGCAUUGUAUUGUAAAAAUAUUUUAUAUUUUCUUUCAUAUCUCAUAUUGCAUGCUGCACAUUACAUGUCAAGCCCUCAGUUGAGAUUUCGUGUGAUAGAGGUGACGUCUUGUGAAUAGCAAAGUAUUUUUUUAAUCGGCAUUACUAGUUUUAUAGGUAUUACCUACCUACCUACACGAAAGAAGAAUAAAACAACAAAUUGAGUUUGUUUAUAGAAGCAUCGCAGCCCAUUAAAAGUUUAGGUACCCUGUAGUAAAGUAGUUAAAAAUCAUAAUAUAAGAAUUAAGAUCUGUUCUUUCGGGUGAUCAAAUAAUUUAUAUCAAAGUCAAGUUUAUAACACAAUAGUGAUAGUAGUAUCUAUUUAUCAUUUUCAUAAACGAUAAAAGAAUUCACGCUUUCUUUAAAUAUAUUUUGAGAAACUGUGGACAGUCCGGCCUGAAUUUAACUUCGCCACUGCGCAUGCUCUUCCCAGCUUCUGGUCCACCUCUCUUCAUAAAUCGCGGAGUCUUCGCGUCGACAUGUAUGCAGUUUUCAAAGAUAAAAAUCACAAUUGAAUUAUUGUCAAUAACUUUGGACACGAACUUCCAAAAUGGUGCACUCUUAUACUAACAAAAAAGCUUCGAUUAUCCCUGUUAUAUUUGUUUUAAAAUGUAUUGGAAACUACUGAUGUUUACGUCACGUUAAUCUUGUUAUGUUUAUGUCUCUUUAUCCUACUGUGCUAUCUGUGAUGCCAAAAUGCAAGUGAUUUCAUAAUGGUGAUAACAAAGCUAAAUUUGGAGCGAAACAGAAAGACAACAAUACGUUUACGAUACGUGAUUCUACUUGCAAUAUUGUUCGGAAGCAGUUUUUGCUUACUUUUCCUUAGCAAUAGUCCCCUUAUUUUAUUUGUCACGGAAGAUCCACUAAAAACAGCACGAAGAUCAUUCCCUUACAACAUUGUACAUUCUGAUGAAAGCUAUACAAUUAAAACUGAAGGAUGUACGAUACCUGGGCUGCAACCUUUUGAUGACAGUAUUAAAAAAUUUAUAGAACGGCCUAGAAAUGUAAAAGUAUGCGAAAAUUCAAAUACUUCACUAUUAGAUAAAAAUCGAACACAUAUAUGGAUCGAUUCAAAGAAACUUCGAAAUUAUAAUUUAACUGAAAAUGCCAAUAUUACUUGCUGCUACAAGUCUUUCUAUCGACCUCUGGCUGUCGAUGAUGUCUCUUCGGCUGAAAUCGAUGAUAGAGUAAAGUACAACGAAUGCAUUGAGUUCUCGACUAGUAUAGAAGUUACUAAUGAAUACGUCAAAGUAUCAUGUGUUCAUGAAUACAUCACUAUUUUUGAACAAUUUUUUGCAUUUACUCCGAAGAAACCUCUUUUUAACCGAAAUGAUGAUUUUAUAGAAAAUCCAACUGCAUAUAAUGUAAUAGUCAUUGGCAUUGACGCUAUAUCAAGGUUAAACUUUCAUAGAACUAUGCCGAAAACGUUGGGUUUUUUAAGAAAAAGAGGUGCCAUAGAACUGUUGGGGUACAACAAAGUUGGAGAUAAUACUUUUCCAAACCUGAUUCCUAUGCUUUUAGGCAUACAAGAGCAAGAUUUAAGAAAGACUUGCUGGCCAAAUACAAAAUCUACGUUUGAUAACUGCCCAUUUAUAUGGAAUUCCUUUAAAAGUGCAGGCUUUUACACAGCGUUUGGAGAAGACAGUGCCAGUCUUGGUACUUUUAACUUCGAAAAAUUUGGAUUUAUUCAAAGUCCUACUGAUUAUUAUUUGCAUACGUUUAUGCAUGAAGCUGAAAAAUACUCAGGCAAUAAUCGAGAUUUCAAUUCAUACAUAUGUAUGGGCAAUAACUAUUUUUAUAAUGUUCUUCUUGAUUAUAUUGAAAAUUUAACAAAUGCUUUAAAGACAUCAAAGUUAUUUGGAUUUUUUUGGGAAGUAACAAUGAGCCACGAUUAUUUGAACUAUCCAAUGUUAAUGGACGAUAGCUAUGAAAGAUUUCUAAUGUCGCUUGACGAAUCAGGUUAUUUAGAAAACACAGUUUUAAUAUUAAUAAGCGAUCAUGGAAUUAGAUGGGGUGACAUCCGAUUUACAAAACAGGGUCGCUUAGAGGAGAGAUUACCUUUGAUCCACAUUUUAUUGCCAUCGUCCUUUUAUGAAAAUUAUCCAGUUGCGUAUGAAAACAUUAAUUUAAACAGCGGCCGUCUGACAACACCGUUCGAUAUACAUGCAACUCUUUUGGAUCUCGUGAAUUUGGAAGCUAUUAGUAAUUAUAACAUUAAACUCAGAAGUUCCACAACUUAUUAUAAAGAAAGGAGUAUAAGCUUGUUUUUACCAAUAAUGAAUAACCGUACAUGCCAAAUGGCGGGAAUAGAGGAUCACUGGUGUACUUGUAAUAGAGGAAUAAAAUUAUCAACUAAAAGUUCUGAGGGGCAGGAUGCUGCCAAUCAUUUAACUUUGCAUUUAAAUAUGCUCGUACGUAAAAAUCCGAAAUGCGCCAAACUGUCCCUUAUGGAAAUAAUGGAAGUAACGGAAAUGAUUGUUGGUACUCCCUAUGACAAAGAAGUUGGAUGGCGCGAAUUUUUAGUAGUUGUACGAGUUGGUCCAAGCAAUGGUGUAUUUGAAGCUACUAUGCGAAAAUAUAAUAAACACUGGCUUCUAACAGGAACUAUUAGUCGGCUGAACCUCUAUGGAGAUCAAAGUCGUUGCGAGCAUAAUUAUCAACUCAAAUUAUAUUGUUUCUGUCAUCUAAGUCGAAUGGCUUACUACGGUGGCAUGCCUGGCUCGAUGCCGGUGCGUUUGCGCUUCUUGUUUCUUGUUGCGACGCUCUUUACUAGCGCUUUUUUUCUUUUAUCAAUUAAUGGUAUCACAAAUAUAAUACUUCUUAGCAAUUACGCUAUAGUUCCAUCACUGGACUCUUUCAAUUAUGAUAUUAUGAAUGAAGAUAGAUUUACAAUACAGACCCAAGGAUGCAUCAUACCAGGUUUACAACCACUUGAUGAGAGUGUAAAACAAUUUGUUAAAUAUCCAGAUCAAAUGAAACCGUGUUCAAAUACAUCAAUAGCAUUACUUGGAAGUAAUAGAACUCAUAUCUGGAUUAGAGAAGAAAGUGUCAGACAUUAUAUCGUCGGUGAAAAGAAGCACUUAAAAUGUUGCUACAGAUCCUUUUUGCGGCCUGUGUCUAUUAAAGAUAUAACUUCGUCAGACGUUGACGACCGGGUGGAAUAUCGCAAGUGCAAAUAUUUUUCCGAUGUUAUAGAAGCAAAAGAUGAAUUCGUUUAUGUAGUAUGCUUUGGAGGAAUGGAAAAAAUUUACCAACAAUACUAUUUAUUUCCCUUAAACAAACAUCACGCAAAUGAAAUAACUAAAAACAAAACAGCGUACAAUGUUAUGAUUUUGGGAAUUGAUGCAGUAUCAAGACUCAACUUUCACCGAACAAUGCCUAAAACAUUAGAAUUUUUAAAGGCUAAGAAUGCCGUUGAGCUCUUCGGCUAUAACAAAGUUGACGAUAACACGUUUCCAAAUCUUGUACCCAUGUUAAUGGGCAUCAAAGAGUCUGAAUUAAAAAGAACGUGCGUUCCAAAUCAGAGGUCUUCAUUCGAUAAUUGCCCAUUUGUUUGGGAGUGGUAUAAACAGGCCGGUUAUCAUACAGCUCUGGGCGAGGACAGUGCCACACUUGGAACGUUUAACUACUUAAAAGUAGGGUUCACGAAAACUCCAACGGAUUACUACAUUCAUACGUUUAUUAAUGAAGCGGAACGCAACGCUGGAAAAAACAAAGAUUUUAAUUCAUAUCUAUGUAUGAAUGACAAAUAUUUUUAUAAAGUCUUAUUGGAUUACGUUCAAGAUCUAUUAAUAACUUUAAGAUCAUCCAAAUUAUUUGGAUUCUUUUGGGAAGUAACAAUGAGUCAUGACUAUCUGAACUAUCCGAUGGUAAUGGAUUUACCUUACGUAAACUUUUUUAAAAGUUUAGACGUACUAAAUAUUUUAGAUGAUACUAUAAUAUUUCUGGUUAGUGACCAUGGAAUAAGGUGGGGUGAAAUGAGAACUACAAAACAGGGCCGUUUAGAAGAACGAUUGCCCUUUGUAUAUAUUUUACUGCCAUCUUCUUUUCAAAGAAAAUAUAGUGAAGCGUUUAGAAAUUUGCAAACAAACAGCCGGCGCCUGACUACACCAUUUGAUAUUCACGCAACUUUGAAUGAUCUUGUAGAACUGAGUCAAAUAGAAAAUUCACAAAUAGAAUCACGUAUCAAACAGCCAUACUCGGGAGAUCGUAGUAUUAGUUUAUUUCUACCCAUACCGACAAACCGAACGUGCUCUAUAGCUGGAAUAGAUGACCAUUGGUGUACGUGUCAUCGUGGUCGAAAAAUAACAACAAAUAGUAUUCAGGCUACAAAUGCAGCAGCUCACAUGAUGAAAGAACUAAAUAAUCUUGUGCGCGAUUAUAAAGUUUGUGCCGGUCUGAAUCUAGCAGAAAUCAUAGAUGCAACAGAGAUGGAAGUUGGUACAGCAGAAAAAAAUGAACUAGGGUGGCGCGAAUUUAUGGUUGUAAUACGUACAGAGCCUGGCAGUGCUGUUUUUGAGGGCACACUGCGGUACGACAACCACAGUUGGUUUUUAACUGGUACAAUUAGUCGACUUAAUCUUUACGGCGAUCAAAGCCAUUGUGUCAAUAACUACCAUCUUAAACUUUAUUGCUACUGUAUAUAACUGUAUUAAAAUUUCUCAUUAUAUUAGGGUAAAGGUUUAAACUAUCUGUGAUAUUAGAUAUUUAAGAUUGAAAUAUCCACUCAUUAUAUACUUAGGUUUUGUGUAGAAUGUAAAUAAAAACACGAUAUUUUUUAAUAAAAAUUCUUUAUAAA